AUGCCAAAAAAAGAGUUAGAAGAGAUCGUUCGUGCCACCGAAAUUGCCAAUAAAACCAAAUACCCUUUCAGGGAACUAACCAAAAAACAAAGCAUCCCACCGGUGAUAUGUGGCACCAUCAUUCAUGUAUUCCAGCAGUUUACAGGGAUCAACGUGGUCAUGUUUUACGCACCGGUGUUGUUCCAAACCAUGGGGUUCGAGUCCAAUGCAUCGCUUUUAUCGGCUGUUAUAACCGACACGGUCAAUUCAUUGUCAACACUCAUCGCCAUCUUCAGCGUGGAUAAAGCCGGAAGGAAGAAACUACUCAUUUUCGGAGCUUCGAUUUGUUUAGUUGCUCAGGUUAAAAUCUCUUAA